AUGUCAACAAUAUCCGCGUCUGAAGCUCCCCAUCUCCAGCAAAUCGAUCUUACCAAAUUGAGUUUGCAACAAUUAACCUUACUGAAGCAGCAACUCGACAAGGAGCUCAAUGUAUUUCAAGAUUCACUUCAAACUUUGAAAAUAGCUCAGAGUAAAUUUCAAGAGUCUGGUUUUUGUUUAGACAAAGUCACACCUGAAGCCAAAGGUAAAGAGAUUCUCGUGCCGCUUACUGAGUCGAUGUACGUACCAGGAAGGAUGUCCGACACUGAGAAUGUGCUAGUGGACAUUGGGACUGGAUACUUUGUCGAGAAAAAUGUCGAAGAUGCGAAAAAUUACUUUUCAAGACGCGUUGCUUAUGUAACAGAACAGAUGGAGAAGAUCCAGGUGCUGGGGCUUGAAAAAAGCAAGAUCCGUGAUGCUACCAUCGAUGUUAUGAGCAUGAAGAUUCAAGGACAAAUGCAAAAAGAGGCUGCUUAA